AUGUGUACAGCAGGUCCGUGUUUUGAUUGGUCCGCGAAUGCAGACGCAGAUGAUGUUUGUGAUAUGUUGCCACUGAUCACGGUUAACGAUAAUAGUGUUAUCGCAAAGGAGGUCAGCUUUGAAGCAAGCGAGUUUCUGUUGCCUGUAUUCGAGGAAUCGGACUUUGUCCUGUACGAUGACCAUCAGCUGGUGGCGGAGAUCAACGGAGAGAUGCAUGCAACAUCAUCUGAUGGAACAAUCCUCACACAACUAAACAAUGAGGCAGCGGACCAGAAUGUGAACUCAUCCCCGAAUGGAACCGUUUUAGUGUGCAACCUAUGCAAACUGCAAUUCAAAUGUAAAACUCAUCUAACAAGACACCAGUUAUUGCUGCAUGAAGAUGAGUUCGAUGUUGUUAAGAAAAUAGUGCUACGGAAUCGUUGUCGUCAGUGCGCCGAUAAAUUUUCUUCGGUUAAGCAGUUUAAGAUCCAUCUUUCGACACACCAUCCGCAGCGUAUGGUGUGUGAUCUGUGUCUAACAACAUUCCAAAACCAAGCCUCACUUGAAUGGCAUCGAAAAUAUCAUCUUUCGAAGGAAGGAACCCAAAAUGGAAGGUACAUCUGCGACGUCUGCCGGAAACAAUGUGCUAGUUCGAGUCAUCUACAUCUUCAUCGGAAAACUCAUCUCGCGCAAAAACCAUACGUUUGUACGUACGGGUGCGAUCGUAGCUUCUCAUCGUCCGGUAACCGACAGAAACAUAUUUCACGAAUGCAUACGCACGAAAAGAAGUACCGUUGUACAAAAUGCAACGAAUCAUUUAUCUACGCCCGUCAGCUGCAACUUCACCGCGAACGGAAACAUGCUGAAUUCAGAGGAACUUUCAAGGGCGUUACCAUAUGUGCCAAAUGCAAGGAAUCGUUUGAUACCGAGAAGUCUUUCCAAGAACAUACGAAAAUCCUUAACUGCUUGGAAUUUCGAGCAUACGAAUGUGUAUUUUGCGCCAAACGUUUUAAACAGGCCACACACCUACGAAACCACCUCCUGACGCAUAACCAAGACAUACGGGCUUACGGUUGUGAGUUUUGUUCAAAGCGAUUCACUUUGGCUGGUGAUCUUAAAGUACAUCGCCGCAUACACACAAAAGAAAAACCAUUUCGAUGUCAUCUCUGUCCGGCCGCCUUUACGAUGGGCAAGCAGUUGAACAAACAUCGCAUCAAAGUUCAUGAAAUUGGAACGGAGAGGAAAUAG